GUGACCUUUGACACCAUCGUACGAUGCUCGCGCCAUAAUUUGCUUGGCAACUUUCUUUGGCGGCGAACUUUGAUCAUCGCUUCUCGCAGACUCUUUUCGUGGGUUCUACGUUCUCAAUGGCGGCUCUAAAUGGAAAGGUUGCUGUGAUCACGGGAGGGAAUGCUGGGAUAGGCCUGACCCUCGCAGAGAGGUUGCUGACCCUUGACCCGACCUUGACCCUAUGCCUGGCCUGUAGGAACAUGAUGAAGGCAGAAGCAGCGAGACAAGCCCUUCUGACCUCUCACCCCGGGUCACGCGUGGAGUGCGUUCGGCUCGACACCAGCGACGUCCAAUCAGUUUACGCCGCUGCACAGAAAAUCCAGGAGGAAUACCCGCGGGUGGACUACCUCUACCUCAAUGCUGGUACAAUGGGAAAGGUGUCAGUAGACGCAGCAGCCAUUUUGAAAGCGUUGGUGUCGCCACGAGCGCCGGAAAUCUUCCGCACGGGAGAGAAGCUCCUCUCGCAGAAGGACGAGACGACGAAGGACGGACUGCAGGAAAUCUUCGCCACAAACGUCUUCGGACACUUCGUGCUGAUCAGGGAGCUGGAAGAUGUCUUGUGCCAGCCUGACCACACCUCUCAGGUCAUCUGGACGUCCUCCCAGAACGCCACCAGGAAGGCGUUUGACCUUGAGGACUUCCAGCACAGUCAAGGUCACGAGGGUUACAGCUCCUCCAAGUACGCGACGGACGUGCUCAGCGCGGCGUUGAACGAGCGAUACCGCGGCCGCGGGCUGUUCUCCCACACCGCGUGCCCCGGGCUCGUUGUGACGAACCUUACCAAGGGCAUCCUGCCCUUCUGGCUGUGGUGGCUCAUGCUGCCGCUGCUGUGGGCCAUGCGGGCCCUGGUACCGAGCAUGACCAUCAGUCCUCACAACGGUACAGAAGUGUUGGUGUGGCUGUCCCAACAGGUGCCCUCCAGUCUGGACCCCCUGUGUAAGUACACCAGCAGGUGUAAGGUGUGGGGGACGGCCUACGUGGACAGGGAGAAACUGGACAUCGACCUGCCAACAGCCGAGCAGUUCUACCAGAAACUCCUGCAGCUAGAAAACCACUUCAGGGAGAAGUACAGGGAGGUCAGGUCAAAGAUCAGGGGUCAAUGACAGUACAACUAGGUCAGAGGUCAUAUAGGCAUCUCCGAAGUAUAUUUUUACCUUUGGUUGAACCGUGUCCUAUCAUGAACGUAACAUUCUACAGACUACUGCAAAGUACUGCACAAGAAAAGAGAU